UUUGGUCUGUAACUAAUUUUUAUAUUUACUAACAUGACCUACCAUACUUGCCAAAGCUCGAAACUGAAAACUACCAAUAUGUCAAAUACAAACGAAAUUUUUUUAGUGAAACUCAACUCCUAACUUCAACCAAAGCAAAUUAAUUUCGAAUGGCUGCAACAACUGUCCCUGUCUUUUCUCCAGCAAUUCCAAUCAUCUUUGACCCUCACGCCACACCUUCUUUCACUCCCUAUUCUCUAUCCUUUACUACCACUAACCGUUUCACUUUCCGAUUAACUGACUCCGGUAAAUUCCACCGACGAAAUCCAAGCCCUCCCGCCGCUGCCAUGAUAUUUCCUCAAAAUCCCGUCCUUUCCGACAUUUGCGCAACUGUAUUUUCAGGCUUUGUCGCUCUCUCGGUCCUCCGUGUCUGGGCGGAGACCGCCAAACGCCGCCUCUUUGACCAGAAACUGAAUCGGAAGCUUGUGCAUAUCAGCAUCGGCCUGGUUUUCAUGCUUUGCUGGCCAUUAUUCAGUUCUGGGCAUCGGGGAGCAAUUUUGGCAGCUAUUACUCCUGGCAUCAACAUUAUACGAAUGCUUCUUAUAGGUUCUGGAAUAUGGAAAGAUGAAGCCACAGUGAAGUCAAUGAGCAGAUAUGGAGACUACAGGGAACUUCUUAAAGGACCACUUUAUUAUGCUACAACAAUUACUUUGGCUUGUGCACUCUAUUGGAGGACUUCACCUAUUGCAAUUGCUGCAAUAUGUAACCUUUGUGCUGGAGAUGGUUUUGCGGAUGUUGUGGGAAGGCAAUUUGGUGGACGGAAACUUCCUUACAAUAGGAACAAGUCCAUAGCUGGUAGUGUUGCAAUGGCAACAGCUGGUUUUUUUGCCUCUGUUGGGUUUAUGUAUUAUUUUUCCUACUGUGGAUAUAUUCAAGAGAGUUGGGAGAUUGUUUUGGGUUUCUUGGUUGUGUCUCUUGCCUCAGCCCUGGUGGAGUCACUUCCGAUUAGUACUGAGCUUGAUGACAACCUCACAGUUACAUUAUCGUCAAUAUUGGUCGGCAGUCUUGUUUUCUGAUUCAAGAAUAACUGCAACUUGUAAGCUAAUUAUGGCCGAGGUGAGUUUUAGGAGCAUUGUUUAUUUAGGGGCCAAUUUACUAUAAAAAAGAUGUUGUAUUUUUGUGUGACAUCAAAUGUAGCCAAUGAUGAUUCCACUGAUGACAUUGAAGUUCAAGUCCCAAACUGGCAUUCUAAUGACAGCAUUUGAGGCUUAAUUCUUAUCCAUGAGUGUUCUGUUUUUCAUUCUUUACAUUUUUGUGAUAGACAUCCUAUUCAAGGUUACGGCAUAAAUUUAAGUGUUCAAAUAUUUGCCGAAUUUGACUUGGUGUUUAGACAAUGUCUCCUGUGCCUUACGGUAGUCCGGAAACGGCACAAGCGACAAGUCAGAUAUGAAUGGCAUUUAAUGGUGCUUAGUGCCUAUUUGAUCGUGAGGUGGUGAUUGCCGACACAGCCUGCCCUCCAUCUCAAUGAAUUUUUACAAUGCUGAAACAAAUUAUUUCGUUUGCAGACGCUCAAACCUCAAGCGAUUUCUU